AUGGCGGAGAAUACAAGAUGGAAGGACCUUUCUACAAAGAUGGAGACAGUUUUAGCAGUGUUGGGUGAUAAGGAGGAGAAAGAUAAACUGAAGAAAGAUCGGCUUUCUAUGAUUGAACAAUCUGUCACUUCCCUGGUUAAAUGUAUGGAAUCUUUACAGCAACAGGUUAGUUUGAAUCAAAUCUCUGCAUCACCUUCUUUGUUGCAGGAACCUUCUCCGUCCGAUUCCAGGUCUCUCCUGCAGCAAGUCACUUUGCCUCAAAGAUCCACUUCACCAUCUAUACUGCCAGAACCAUCUACUUCUGAUUCUAGAUCUCUUAUGCAUUCUCAAUUGCGAUCUAUUAGAAUGGAGUUGCCUCGUUUCGAUGGUUCCAAUGCAUUACAAUGGCUUUUUCAUGCCGAGCAGUUCUUUGAUUUCUAUGAGACUUCUGACGUCUACCGCCUUAAGAUAGCCUCAGUCCAUUUCGAUGGACCAGUGGUUCCCUGGUUCCAGAUGCUUCAGAAAUCCGGCAGUAUUGUAUCAUGGAAGAGCCUGGCCAAAGCCAUUGAACAGACUUAUGGUCCUUCAGUCUUUGCUAAUCCUGGUUCUUCACUGUUUAAAUUAUUUCAAGACGGCUCCGUGGUGGAGUAUUAUAAUAGCUUCACAGAGUUGGCUAAUAGAGUCGAUGGUUUAUCAUCUGAGGCUUUGUUGGAUUGUUUUAUCAGUGGAUUAAAACCAGAAUUACAACGUGAUAUUCUUCCUUGGAAUCCUGAUUCUAUUAACAAGGCAGUCCAAUUGGCUCGUUUAUAUGAGGAAAAGCCUACGUUUGCAGAUCGUUUCCACAGAACUAAAGCUCCAAUUAUUACUGAAGUAUCCAGUGUACCCAGGAAGCCAGUCAUGGGAUUUUCUCAUCAGUUAAGUAUAGCCAAACCAGCUUUAUUACCACCAAUUGGACCUCCUCCCAUGGCCUUACCUAGUCCCGCGGGAGUUACAGCUAAACUUCCAAUAGUAUCUGCUAACACACCACCCCCUUCUCAUUUUAGAAAAAUGUCUUUCAAGGAAAUGCAACAAAGAAGGGCUCAGGGCUUGUGUUACAAUUGUGAUGAAAAGUUUUCUCCAAUGCAUAAGUGUGCCAAUCGACGGUUGCUAUUACUCCAUUGGGAUGAAGAGAUUUCAGAUAUUCCAGAGGAUUCAGAGGAAUUUUCUCAGGUCACCGCACAGCAGGUAGUUGAGGACUCACAAAGUUUAUCUCUUAAUGCUAUGGAUACCAGUUGGGUAUCCGGUACAUUGCGGUUUUCUGGCCUGGUUGGAGGGCAUUCUGUACAAAUUUUGUUGGAUGGAGGUAGUGAUGACAACUUCAUUCGACCCGAAAUGGCAAAAUUCUUACAUUUUCCGGUUCUUCCAACAAAGCAAUUUAAAGUCUUGGUAGGUGAUGGCAAUGCUUUAAUGGUGGAAGGGUUGGUUCGGGACUUAUCAGUACACAUUCAGAACCACCAGUUUAUAUUUUCGGUGUAUCUUUUACCGAUUGUGGGUGCCGAUAUUAUCUUGGGCGCUAACUGGUUGGCAACCCUGGGGCCGCAUAUUACAGAUUAUAGCACCCGGACCUUGGAAUUUUUUUACAAUAAGGAACUUAUUAUCUUAACAGGUGAUAGUCUGAGAAAACCUCAAAUGACUUCAGUUCCUCAAGUCUACAGACUGUGUUCAACACAUGCCAUUGCAUCAUGUUAUACACUUACUGUGUCCAAGGACUGCAUAUUGCAGGAUCAACAACAAUUAACUCCACCAGAGGCACCUAUGAACCCCGAUGAGUUUUUUUUGUCUCCGGAGACACCUUUGAGUCUGCAGCAACUUCUGAAGAAAUAUUCUACAGUUUUUCAAAUUCCUCGUGGAUUGCCACCUUCAAGAAGUUGUGAUCAUCGGAUUCAGCUCCUGCCAUAUUCCAAUCCAGUAAAGGUUCGGCCUUACCGAUAUGCCCAUUGUCACAAGACUGAGAUUGAACAAAUGGUAGCACAGAUGUUGUCUGAAGGUUUAAUUGAAACAAGUACGAGCCCAUUUUCCUCACCUGUGUUAUUGGUCAAGAAAAAAGGUGGGUCAUGGCGAUUUUGUACAGAUUAUCGAGCCCUUAAUGCCAUCACCAUUAAGGACUCUUUUCCAAUCCCAACAGUCGAUGAACUGCUGGACGAAUUAUGGGGCGCUACAUAUUUUUCUAAAUUGGAUCUUCGAUCCGGGUAUCAUCAAAUUUUGUUAUAUCAAGGGGAUCGGUAUAAAACCGUCUUUCGCACUCACCAUGGCCAUUUUCAGUGGUUAGUCAUGUCCUUCGGGCUAUCCAAUGCCCCCGCCACAUUUCAAGCUCUUAUGAAUCAAGUCUUCCAUUUUGCAUUACGAAAAUUUGUUUUGGUGUUCUUUGAUGACAUCUUGGUGUACAGUAAGGAUUGGGAUUCUCAUCUGUUCCAUUUGGAACAAGUUUUAGAUACUCUGUUGGCACAUCAGUUAUAUGCUAAAUUUUCCAAAUGCCAAUUUGGCAUACAGAGGGUGGAAUAUUUAGGCCAUGUGGUGUCUGCUCAGGGGGUUGAAAUGGAUGGAGCUAAAAUCCAGGCUAUCGUGCAGUGGCCAAUACCAACUAAUUUGAAGCAAUUGCGAGGCUAUUUGGGAUUAACAGGGUAUUAUCGUCGGUUCAUACAACAUUAUGCUCAAUUGGCAAGGCCGUUGACGGAGCUUCUCAAAAAAGACAACUUCCACUGGAAUUCUGAAGCUGGCAAGGCUUUCAAGGCUUUACAAUUAGCUAUCACGUUGGCACCUGUUUUGUCCUUACCAAAUUUCUCAGAGCCAUUCACCCUUGAAACAGAUGCUUUGGGUGUAGGAGUUGGGGCUGUACUGAGUCAAAACAAACAUCCCAUUGCUUUCUUUUCAAAAAAAAUGACCCCAUCCAUGCAAAAACAAUCAGCAUAUGUACGGGAGCUUUUUGCAAUCACUGAAGCAGUGGCUAAGUUUCGACAUUACCUUAUCGGCCAACAAUUCACAAUUAAGGCUGAUCAGCAAGCCUUGCGACAUCUGUACAAUCAAACAAUUCAGACCCCGGAACAACAAAAAUGGCUCCCGAAGUUGUUGGGAUUCAAUUUUACAAUUGAGUACAAGCCUGGUGUUGAGAACAAAGCAGCUGAUGCAUUGUCCCAUUGCUUUAAUCUCACUUCUUAUCCUGCCUGUCAAUUACUCUCUCAAAUUCAGCAAGCGCAACGAUCAGAUUCCCUCUUCCAGGACAUAAUUAAUCAACUGCAAACUUCUUCUACUGCUUACAUGGAGUAUACUUGGAAGCAAGAAUUGUUAUGGUGGCAUGGCAAAAUUGCAAUUCCUCAGGAUACCGAACUUAAGCAGAUACUAUUAACUGAAUUUCACUCCUCCAAAAUUGGGGGCCACUCCGGGCAAUUGAGAACAUAUGCAAGGUUGGCAUUGCAAUUCUUUUGGCCAGUUAUGCGCACAGAUGUUAAGAAGUUUAUUCAAGCUUGUGCAAUAUGUCAACGAGCAAAGAGUCUGAAUGCACACCCAAAGGGUUUGCUACAACCCUUACCAAUCCCUCAACAAAUUUGGCAAGACAUCUCAAUGGACUUUAUUGUGGGACUGCCUGUAGCACACGGAAAUUCUGUAUUUUUUGUGGUUAUAGACAGGUUAUCCAAAUAUGGGCACUUCAUGGCUCUACGGGCUGAUUUUAAUAGCAAAACAGUGGCUGACACAUUUAUUACUCACAUAGUCCGGUUACAUGGCAUACCAAGGUCAAUUAUUUCAGACAGAGAUAAGACUUUCACUAGCAAAUUCUGGCAACAUCUAUUUGGAAAAAUGGGUACUUCUCUGGCUAUGUCAUCGGCUUAUCACCCUGAAACCGACGGGCAAACAGAGGCUCUCAAUAAAUGCAUUGAACACUACCUUCGGUGUUUUGUUUCUGAUAAUCCUAAAUCAUGGGUGGAUCUUUUACCAUGGGCAGAGUACUCCUACAAUACGGCAUUUCAUACUAGUAUUGGCAUGAUGCCUUUUCAGGUGGUAUAUGGUCGGGAGCCUCCUCAAUUAAUCUCUUAUGUUCACAGUAACUCAGACCCGUUGCCGGUAUCAGAAUGGUUGUCCUCCAGAGAUACAAUUCUGCAGAAAUUGAAGAGCAAUUUGACCAAGGCACAGGAACGAAUGAAGAAAUUUGCUGAUAAGAAACGCAAGGAUGUGGCAUUUGACGUGGGGGAGUGGGUGUUAGUGAAGUUACAACCUUACCGACAACAUUCAGUCUUCUUGCGAAAAAACCACAAGCUUAGUAUGAAAUACUUUGGACCUUUCCAAAUUCAGCAGAAACUCGGCCAAGUUGCUUACAAGUUAGCUUUACCCGAAGGAGCACGAAUUCAUCCUGUUUUUCACAUCUCAGUUUUAAAAAAAUUUGUUGGUAAUCCCAUGACAGAUUGUAUUCCUUUGCCGGUAAUUACUGCCUCCGGGGGGCCUUUAAUUCAGCCCAAACUUUUGUUACAAUGUCGCACAAUUUUGCAAAAUCAAAAGCCGACGCGACAAGUGCUGGUUCAAUGGAAUGGACUUCCUGCAUCGGAGAAUUCUUGGGAAGACUUAUCGCUACUGCAACACCAAUAUCCUAAAUUAGACCUUGCGGACAAGGUCUCAAUUGAUGAGGGAGGCAACAAAGGUUUUUUGAUGAAUUACAAAGAAUGUCCAACUGGGCAUGUGACUUUUGGAGAUGGUCAGAAAGGUCAAGUAGUUGGAAAAGGAACAUUGAUGAUUCCUGGGUGUGUUGUCUAUGAUGAAGCUGGUCAUUGUGUUCUAACUGGUUCAAGAUCUUCAGACAAUUGCUAUUUGCUAGAGAAACUGGAAGGUAUAGUGAUGCAGAUUGGGCAGGAAACAUUGAUGAUAGAAAAAGCACUUCAGGAGGAUGUUUCUAUCUUGGUAACAACUUGGUUACAUGGUAUAGUAAGAAGCAAAGUUCCAUUUCACUCUCCACCGCAGGUUGAAUACAUUGCAGCAGGAAGUUGUUGUACUCAAUUGUUGUGGAUGAAGCAAAUGCUUGAAGACUAUGGCUUACAACAAGGGUUAUUGACUAUAUUUUGUGACAACAAAAGUGCAAUUGAUAUAUCCAAGAAUCCAGUUCAACAUUCCCGUACCAAACAUAUUGAUCUUCGACACCACUUUAUCCGAGAUUUGGUAGAAAACAAGACAGUUGUUAUUGAUUAUGUUGCAACAGAAAAGCAAUUGGCGGACAUCUUUACCAAACCCCUUGAUGCUACAAGAUUCGAAAAAGUUGAGGGUGAAAUUGGCCUUUGCCAAAUUUAA